AUGGGCGACUCUUUGAAACGACAUGAUAUUCUAUAUUUUACUUGGAUGCAGCAGAGAGGAAGGAAGGUGUUCAGGCUGGACAGGUCAUGUAGCAGCAUGAUGCUGGUGUCCCAAGCUGGAAGAGCACAAAACUACAGCAAGUUUUCCUGUUUCUGGGAGACAGAGCCUGUAGGCUGUAGGAGGAUAAGCUGUGACUUCUUUCACAGAAAACCUCGUAAUAUAAAUGGACUUUAUUUGCCACCUAGUAACAAUGUCCCAUUGAAACAGGAUGUCCAAGGAGGCAUUCUGCAUCCAGCCCAUCGUCAGGACUCACUCAGAAAUCAAGACAAUGUUUUAGUACCAAUUCAUCCUCCACUGAUUAUAAACCUCAGUGAUGAAGAGGAUGAUGAAGAGGAUGAUGAAGAUGAUGAUGACGAGGAUGACAACUAUGUUUCUACCUGGAUGCCUAAGACUGUUAUAGAUAUUGAAGAGGAAAGAGCAAUAAGGGAUAUAUGCUAUAAAUCUGGAGAGUACUAUGGGAUUCAGAACCCUUAUAAACACCAAUCAACAAAAACUGUGUCUUCACCAUGGCAAGAUGAGUUAUUACCCUUGGAAACUACUGAGCAAAACUUGCAGAAAGGUGAUGGCAACACGAUUCCUAUAAGAUUUAAUAAUACAAGAAAAGAAAAGGAGAGUUCAGAAAGGAGACUAUCAAUAGAGAGUAUUCCCAGAACAGACCUUAAAUCCUUUGACAGUGGAGGAGGUGGUGGUUCUGUGAUACAGAGGAGCGCAUUUAUUGAUGGAAACAGAUUUGAGGCACUACCUAGGGAAAAAGAACCAAUUAUAUCGAAGUAUUCCAAUGUGAAAGAAACAAACUACACUGAACUGGUAAAGAACCACCACUUUAAGGAAGUAAAGGAAAAUAAAAGGAUUUCUGAGGAGCGAAGAAAUUCUACUAGUGCAGUAACUGGCAAAGGAAUUCACACUCCAGACCCCAAAGGAAAACCAGGUUAUCAACAAAGGGGUCAAAGUAAGGACGAUGAAACUGCUUCUUCCAGUCCAUAUGGGAGAGACACUGGAAGAUACAAUCAUUUAAAUUCUCCAGAACCUCGACGAUCAGCUUAUGUCGUCUACCGGACUGUCACUCAAAAACCAAAAUUCAAUGGACCUACAGCAACACCUGAGUCCUAUGGUCAGAAAGGCUCCAAACAAAAGAAUCAGCCUGACGCCAAUAGGAGAUUUUGGACACAAACAGAAAACUAUGGCAAAUAUACUUCAGGAUCUUCUAAUUCACCAGCUUGGAGGAAAAGAAAUCCACAAGCAAAACCAUUCUCUAAAUUUAAAAUAACCACUCAGAAUAAAGAAGACAUGGAAGUGAAUAAAAAAGGAGAAAAAGAAACCUGUAAAGGGAAAUAAGGAAAUGAUCAACUCGGAUGUGAUAGACGAUGAAGAAAGAUGAAGAAACUGCAAAUUCCAAAAAGAAGGUGCAGGAAGGAAGCAC